AUGUCGGAUUUCCAACCGCCACCGAUGUCCGAUGAGGAAUUCGAGGCGCUUAUGAACGACCCGAAAUUUACCAAUUCGAUGAACGAUAUGUCGACGCUGCCAGACGCACCAGUAAAACACAGGUACGUGGACCUAACACCGAACGUCAACGCUAAUGAAGACAUAGCCUUUCUCGCACAGAUGGGAGUAGAACAGCAGCCGGCACCCAUGCCGAUGCCUGUGCCUACUCCUAUAGCUGCACACACUCCACAGAUGCCACCUCCCAUCCCAGUGAACCCAGUCCCGAUGACUGCGUUCGGGCCCUCCUUUGACCCCCGGAUCGGGUGGUAUUAUCCCGCCGUCGCGGGAAACGGUGCAACACCCUAUGGCAUGCCUCAAGCAGGCUACGCUUCUGCGUACUCGAGCACACCAAUGUCAACAAAGCCUAAGCGUAAGUAUGGCCCUGCUCAAUUCCUUGAAGAGCGGGCGAGAGACUCUGCAGCCACUGCCAUGUAUACCUCCCAGGCCAGCUCGGGAAACGACCGUGCUAAAGCAGAAAAGAACGGCGACAAGUAUGUCGGUGCUCGCCUCAAAAAGAACCAACCCUCAGUUGUACAGGCAUGUGUCUGCAACGACAAAGAAACCCUCAAGAUCAAGAGGCCGAGGAACGCCUUCAUCAUCUACCGCAGUCAAAAGUCCGAGAAGAUCAUGAAGGAUCUCGGCAAAAAAGACAACCAAAAGGUCUCUUCCCUCGCCGGUCAGGCUUGGAAGGCCGAAAGCGAGGAGGUGAAGGCUCACUACCAUAGACUCGCCGCUGAAGAGGCAGCGAGACACAAGCGUAUGUACCCUAACUACCAUUACCAACCAGGGCAAACAUCAAAGAUCAGGUUUGGAUCGCAGAGCUGCAAGUGCGGAGCAUAUCAGGUUAACAUCACAAAUCUUAGGAACGCCAAUCAAGAUGGACAAGCUGACGAAGCUGACGAGACUGAUGUGGAGGACGUAUACGACCCUGCAGCAGGCUACCAGCAGCAGCGCCAGCAGCAGUAUCAGGCGCCGACUGCGCCAAUGGCUCCCGCUGUUGCUGGUCCCUCAAAGCGCAAGCGACAAGCCACCGUAGCCCUUGACCUCGAGGACGAGAUUGUGGAACAGCCCAUCUCCAAGCGUACCCGAAGCUCACCACCAGUCGCCUUCCAGCAGCCACAGGAGUUUGGAGACCCACUGGCCGGCCUUUUCCAUGGGGACCUCUUCCAAAACGCCUACGACCCUAACGCCUUCGCCCCAGACAGCGGCUUGAAUCAGAGACGCCGCCCAUCACCAAUCCACACUGUGGGUGGCAACGCAGCUGCGCUCGAGACAACACCGCAUCCACAGGCCUUCGCAGUCGGCGAUAGCACAGCACGCAACACUCGCUCCAAGUCCCGGGCUUCUCAGGAACUUGAAGAUGCUUUUAACGCUUAUCAGCAUACCACCUACCCUGGAGGCUACGGGCCUGGCAUCUAUCAGGAGGGAGAGGAGUUCGUUGACUUCGAUAUGUUUGGCGCAGACCUCACAGGUGCGGAAACUUUCGACUUCGGCAAUGAGUUUGAUGUACCUGCUCCCGUUGAACAUGGGCGGCGCAGGUCCAGCAGGAUAUCGCCGAGGAGUGCGAUUACGCCUCACAACAGGUAA